AGAUUCUCAGGCUGGAGGCCUCAUUUUCUCGUUUUCUCGUUUUCACGUUUUCUCUAGUCGCGUGCAUAAAGCUGCUGCCCUACUUCGCCAUAGCUAGAAUAAGCAGAGAUGAGAAAAUUCUGGCCACAUCGCGAGGGGAGGAGGAAAACUUUGAUACACACCUCAGAACGAUGCGCUUCGAACGAAGCCGAGAUCAAUGGUGAAAUGUGAUGGUCGCACCGGUGUCCAGCGUUGAAUUGUUUCAGGCAUUCCAAUGACCUCAUCCCCGUAUUCAUCAGAAUUAUCAGGGGCUUGUUAUACAGCACUUAUUCCUGCGUCAGGGACUGGUGGACUCUGAAAGGGUUUUGCAAGAUGUUGAACAGAUAUGGCAUGGACAGAUUCAAGAAGGCGGAAUCUGUCGAACCUUUCUCUGUAAAUCCAGGAGUUGUUAAGCAAGCUAUCACUCCGUCUCAACCCCGGGUUCCUCCGCCUGCGCCCCCAGCAGAAGCUCAAGCCGCUGCGACUUCUAGCACAUCAUUGGGACAAGGUGGAUCUAACUGGCAACCUCCUGAAUGGGCCGCGGAGUUUAAGAACGGGGUUCAUGUUCUGGAAGUGGUUAAAGAUGGUACAGUGGUGGACAAGAUUUCUCUUGAAAAAAGGCGGGCACUGUUUGGGCGUCAAGCUUUAAUGUGCGAUUAUGUGCUGGACCAUCCGUCAGUGUCUCGGCAGCAUGCUGCUGUUGUACUGCACAAGAAUGGAAGUGUGUAUGUUAUUGAUCUAGGUUCUGUUCAUGGGACCUUUGUGGCAAAUGAACGCCUUACGAAAGACAAUCCAGUGGAACUAGAAGUAGGCCAAUCUCUCAGAUUUGCAGCGUCAACACGGACCUAUGUUCUCAGAAAAGUUGUUCGAGAUCCACCUACAGGUUCUGCAGAGGUGCCAGCACAAUUUGUUUACCCGCCAGGUCCAGAUAUGAGCGAUGAGGAAGCAGUUGUGGCUUAUAACACAAAUCUCAACAAGUUAGGAGCUCCAAGUCCAAAUCCUGUUCCAACAGUCACAUAUCAGAGACCUAGCGUGUGCAGGUACAAGAGGAACUAUUCCACAGACUCGAAAACAAGAGAAGAAAAUGCUAGUGAAAGGCCUACAAAACGGAUUAGGAAGUCUCGGGUGUCCUAUCGAGAUGAAUAUGGUGGGAUUCUAGCUGAGGUUGUAGGAAUCUCCGAUGGUGCAGAUGUGAGUACAGAGCCAGGACCAAUUGGUGUAAGAGAAGGGAGCUUAGUUGGGAAGUAUGAAUCACUAGUACAGGUCACAGUUAUUCCGAAAGGGAAAGAUGAUUCUAAGGGGAAAGUACAGGGUGGGUCAGUGCCUGGUGUGACUGAAAAGCUAAAACAAUACUUGGAAAAGGUUAAGUCUCCUGGUAAAGGUGGUCUAUAUGAAGAUAUGUAUUCAGUAUCAGGAUUAGUGGGUAGUGGUUGGGCGGGACCCACCCGAAGGGCUUCAGACGGAGCCAAUGCAGAUGGGGGGAGUACCUCACCUGGAAUAAAGAUUGAGAAAGGCAAGGAUGCAGCACAUUCUGAUGGCAAUUUCGAAGGUGCUCAACUGAAGAGCUUAAUCCCAGGAAGUCGUGGGUUGACAAAAUAUGACAAUGAUGAUCUCUUUGGGGAUGCAGAGGAUAGAUCUGUAGCUGCAUCAGUUGUCUCAAAGUCUUAGAAAAGUAAAGUUAAACCACAUCUAUUUUCUUAAUUAUUUUUCAAGUGUA